AUGAGUGUGUCUGAUGUGAGGAAUUUGUUCUUGGUGGAUGCAGAUGCGUCUUCAAAGAAUCCUGGAAUGAAUAGAUCAAGUGAAAAACUUGAGGAAGGAGAACCGAAGAACGAAUCCGUGUCCGUAGUUUCAAAUUUUACUUCUAACAAGACAAACUCUGUUGAAAAUGCAACAAAAUUUUCCACUUUUCUCACUCAUACAAAGGAAAAAAACAUGCUGCGUCAUAAAAAUAAUAAAAGUAACACAGGUGAUUCGUUUAUUCUGGAAAGCAAUUUGUAUGAAUCCAUCGAUUCGUUGUCAGUCAUCGGGUUCAGGCACUGUUUCGAUUCGAAUCGGACCUCGGCCAACCGACUUCUCUGGAGUCUCCUCAUACUGGCCAGCAUCGGAGUUGCUAUCUUUCAAUGCAACGAUCGAGUCAACGAGUAUUUGAAAAGUCCAACGUCAACUGUGAUCACCGUGAACCAGUCAACCAUUCUGAACUUUCCACAAGUUACCAUCUGCAAUAACAACUACAUCAAGUUGUCCGCUGCCACUGACUUAGGACUGACAAGUUAUUUCAAGCAAUUCAUGCCUCCCUUCUUCGUUGGCACUCCAAACGCAAGCACCUGUAUGUGGAAUAAAAAACCUUGCAAAAAUGAAGCCGUUACUAUGAGGUUCACGGAUUUCGGGCAGUGUCUCUACAUAGAUUCAAGAGCAAUGAAUUUUACAAUCACUCGGCCCGGAGCUACGUUGGGCAUUCAGCUGCUUCUCAAUGCCAAUGAGACUGAUUACUUCAUCCAGCAGACUUCUUCUGUUGGAUACACGGUCCUACUGCACGAGCCAGAUGAGCCACCCAGAAUGGCUGAACUUGGAUUCAAGGCCAACCUUGGUGAGGGAGUGAGCAUUGCAGUGUCUGUUACAAAAACGAGUAUAUUAUUUGCAUGUUUUUUAAACUACUUUCCACCUGAAUAUCUUUACACUGCUAGAUUGCUUUAG